CCGCGCGCUCCCCCUCCCUAUGAGACGACUCUCUCUGUGUGCUCUUCCUCGCCUCAUCUCCUCCUCAUUUCGCUCUUCCCUGCUCCCCGCCUUCUUCCUUGUCUGCCCUCUUCCUUCUUUUUCUCACGUUUCUUCGCCUUCUUAUUAUUCCUUCUGCGUGUCUGCUGCUGACGGCGGUCGCGCGGGAGAGGGGGAAAUGGGGGAGAAUAACGGGAAGGUCAGGAGGGACGAAGCCUACCUCGAGGCCGUCCUGCAGAAGCGGGUUCGCGUGUUUGAGAGCAUCCAGGCUGAGCAGAUCGCCCAUCGACAGAAGAUUGGCGGGGAGCCCAUCAAAGUAACAUUGCCUGAUGGUAAUGUCAAAGAGGGAAAGAAGUGGUUGACGUCACCCAUGGAUAUUGCGAAGGAAAUCUCAAAGGGCUUAGCUGCAAGUGCUUUAAUAUCCAAAGUAAAUGGGACACUGUGGGACAUGACAAGACCACUUGAGGGCGACUGUCAGUUGGAGUUGUUCAAAUUUGAUUCCAAUGAAGGGCGUGACACUUUUUGGCAUUCUAGUGCCCACAUCCUUGGAGAGUCUCUCGAAAGGGAAUAUGGAUGCAAGUUAUGCAUUGGACCAUGCACUACACGAGGAGAGGGCUUUUACUACGAUGCAUUUUACAAUGGGUUGACUUUGAACGAGGAGCACUUUGACCUAAUAAAAUCACAAGCAAUGAAAGCUGUUGCAGAAAAACAACCCUUUGAACGCAUUGAAGUUUCAAGGAAACAAGCUCUUGAAUUAUUUGCUGAAAAUAAUUUCAAGGUUGAAAUAAUUAAUGACCUGCCAGAGGACAAGACAAUCACUGUUUAUAGAUGUGGACCACUAGUUGAUCUUUGUCGCGGUCCACAUAUUCCAAGUACAUCCUUUGUAAAAGCUUUUACUUGUUUAAAGGCAUCUUCAUCCUACUGGAGAGGAGAUUCAACCAGAGAGAGUCUGCAGAGGGUCUAUGGGAUCUCAUUUCCUGAUCAAAAACUUCUUAAGGAAUAUUUGACCAAAUUGGAAGAAGCAAAGAAAUAUGACCAUAGAAUAGUUGGGAUUAACCAAGAGCUUUUCUUUUUUCAUCCACUCAGCCCUGGAAGUUGUUUUUUCCUACCAAAUGGGACUAGAAUUUACAACAAGUUGAUGGAAUUUAUUCGAUCUGAAUACAGGAAAAGAGGAUAUGAAGAGGUUCUAUCUCCAAAUAUGUACAAUAUGCAGUUAUGGGAAACAUCAGGCCAUGCUGCAAACUAUAAGGAUAACAUGUUCGUCUUUGAGGUUGAGAAACAAGAGUUCGCUCUCAAGCCAAUGAACUGUCCUGGGCAUUGUUUGAUGUUUGAUCAUAGGGUUCGAUCAUACAGAGAGCUGCCCCUGCGAAUUGCAGAUUUUGGGGUUUUGCAUCGCAAUGAACUAAGUGGUGCUCUUACAGGCUUAACUCGUGUUCGAAGAUUCCAACAGGAUGAUGCCCAUAUAUUCUGCAUGGAGAGCCAGAUAAAGGAUGAAGUCAGGUCCGUGUUGGAUUUUAUAAACCACGUAUAUGAUAUUUUUGGCUUCACCUUUGAGUUGGAGUUAUCAACGAGGCCGACCAAUUUCUUGGGUGACAUUCAGACGUGGGAAAAGGCGGAGGCUGCCUUAGCAGAUGCACUAAAUGAGUUUGGUAAGCCCUGGCAGAUAAAUGAAGGUGAUGGUGCAUUUUAUGGUCCGAAAAUUGAUAUUGGUGUUUUUGAUGCUCUUAAAAGGAAAUUCCAGUGUGCGACACUUCAGCUGGACUUUCAGCUUCCUGCCCGUUUCAACUUGUCAUACUCAGCUGAAGAUGAAGCUAAAAGGGAACGUCCUGUUAUGAUACACAGAGCUGUCCUUGGAAGUGUUGAGCGGAUGCUUGCAAUACUUUUGGAGCACUAUAAGGGGAAGUGGCCUUUCUGGUUGAGUCCUCGGCAAGCCAUUGUCUGUCCUGUCUCAGAGAAAUCUCAACCUUAUGCUACACAGGUUCGAGACCAGAUCCACAAAGCUGGUUAUUAUGUUGAUGUUGACACAACAGAUCGAAAGAUACAAAAGAAGGUACGAGAAGCUCAGCUAGCACAAUACAACUACAUACUGGUUGUUGGGGAAGAAGAGGCAAAGACAGGAAAGGUCAGUGUUCGUAUUAGGGAUAAAGCUGAUCAUUUCGUAAAGAGUACCGAUGAUGUUAUAUCACAUUUCAGGGAAGAAACAUUGAGUCAUUCAAUUAAUGGCCUAGACUGGGACAACACAGGAUCAAAAUGACAAGUGCGUCCUCUUUUUGCUACAUUGUUCUUCACUCCAUCAUUUAUCUAUUGUAUGGAGUUUUGAGGAUCGAAAAUUGUAUCUGUUGCCACCAUUUAACAAAAUACCAAGAUCAGUUAUAUAUUAUUAAUGUUUUUA